CUUCCAGCGCCAGGGCGUAAGGAAGUGUUGGCCCACUGGAGCAGUUGGCAGGAACCCGCCGGAGCCGAGCAGUGGCAGGAUUCAGUUGAUGAACGAGAAGAGAGAGCCCACCUGGCUGCUGUCUUUUUGGUUUGGGCUCAUCCUCUGCCAGGCAAGAACUAUGUCAUGGAUCAAGGAAGGAGAGCUGUCACUCUGGGAGCGGUUCUGUGCCAACAUCAUAAAGGCAGGCCCGAUGCCCAAACACAUCGCUAUUAUAAUGGAUGGGAAUCGUCGCUAUGCCAGGAAGUGCCAAGUGGAGCAGCAGGAGGGCCACUCACAGGGCUUCAACAAGCUGGCUGAGACUCUGCGCUGGUGUUUGAACCUGGGCAUCUUAGAGGUGACGGUCUACGCAUUCAGCAUUGAGAACUUCAAACGCUCCAAGAGUGAGGUAGACGGGAUAAUGGAUCUGGCCCGGCAGAAGUUCAGCCGCUUAAUGGAAGAACAGGAGAAACUGCAGAAGCAUGGGGUAUGUAUCCGGGUCCUAGGUGAUCUACAUUUGUUGCCUUUGGAUCUCCAGGAGUUGAUUGCACAAGCUGUGCAGGCCACCAAGAACUACAACAGGUGUUUCCUGAAUGUCUGCUUUGCAUACACGUCCCGUCAUGAGAUCAGCAAUGCUGUGAGAGAGAUGGCCUGGGGAGUGGAGCAGGGCCUGCUGGAUCCCAGCGAUGUCUCUGAGUCUCUGCUUGAUAAGUGCCUCUAUACCAACCAGUCUCUUCCUCCUGACAUCUUGAUACGGACUUCUGGGGAAGUGAGGCUCAGUGACUUCCUCCUCUGGCAGACCUCCCACUCCUGCCUGGUGUUUCAACCCAUUCUGUGGCCAGAAUACACGUUUUGGAACCUCUGUGAGGCCAUCUUUCAGUUCCAGAUGAACCAUAACAUGCUCGAGCAGAAGGCCCGAAACAUGUAUGCAGAGGAGCGGAAGAGGCAGCAGCUGGAGAGAGACCAGGCUGCAGUGACAGAGCAGCUGCUGCGAGAGGGGCUCCAGGCCAGUGGGGACGACCAGCUCCAACGGACACGCUUACACAAACUCUCAGCCAGACGGGAAGAGCGGGUCCAAGGCUUCCUGCAGGCCUUGGAACUCAAGCGCGCGGACUGGCUGGCACGUCUGGGCACUGCAUCAGCCUGAAAGAGGCUGGCCUCCUGCCACUUUGCGCUGCCCUCUGCCUCCAGGGCCCCACUCCCCUUUCUUUUCUUGGUGAUAGGCACCUCCCUCCUGAUUGUGUUCCCUUUGCUUGGUGAGGGAGCCUCUGGGGCCAGGUCUGCUGGCAUAGCUAUCUUUGGGCUGCCUGGGGCAGCAACCCCUGGGGAGGACUGAGGCUAAGAGUCUCCCACAAGUAUACUACACCCAACUGGCCAACGAUAGGUCUGGAGAGCAGGGACCCAGCUCUUGUGCUGCCUGCUCCUUCUGCCUUUGCCACCUCUUCUUGUGCUCUCAGAUGCACGCACUUUUUCUACUAGCACAUCCUUCAACACACAGAAUUUUGGGGAAGAGGUCUCCCCAAAACCCUGGCCCUCUACCCAUCCAUGUUAGCCUUCCACCCGACUUUCACAAAAGAUUUGGCUCCACCUUGGAUCUGCUGGUAAAUAGCUAAUAGCCAGCCCCCGUUAUUUGGGCAAGGAAAGGGAGAGAAAGAAAAUUUGCCCAUCUGCUGCUCCUCCCCCUUUGCUCUCCACCUGGGAUUUGCUAUUGAAUCUCUGCCCCCUCCCACCAUGCAGUGCUGAUUGCUCACUGAAAGGCUCAGCGCCCCCAAUGGCGCACAGAAGCCAGGCGGGUGAUUACAAUCCAAUUACCUAUUGUCGACUCAGCCCACACAAGCUUUUCUCCUCCUUUUGCAGGGCAUGGGGCCAGGCUUCACUCCCCAAUGAGUCUGGCCCCCUCUGUGGCUACAGGGUAACAGAAGGGCCUAUAGGCCCUGGUGAGUCUAAUCUUGCACAGGCCACCUUCCCUGGACACAUCAGGACCAACAGCACAGAAACAAGCACUUCCCCCAACCUAGUGUAUCCUGCCCUCACCAUCUCAGACUCUGCUUCCCACCUCCUCAAUCUUUGAGGCUUCUCUAAGCAUAUGACCUAGUCCCCUAAAGAGACUCUGAGACAGUUUAUUCUCAGCAUGGCAAAGUCUCAACUUGUGAGGGCCAAAGCUACCCAGCAGGGAGAAGAGGGUCGUGUCAAGGGUUGUGUCCUCUCAACUGUUCUUGCCAGGCUUUGCUGCAGAGCUGAGAACUAGUGCCUUUGAAGAGCUGUCUGCCUGAGCAACUCUGCUUCAGGUGCCCCAGAGCAGCAGCACCAGCUACAAAUACCAACCAAAUGCUAUGGUUUAGUCUUCUCAUUUUACUUUGUGCAAACUGUUUCCCCAGCAUCUCCCUCUACGGGAAAGGUGGCGUCUUGCAAGCAGUGUUAAGAGCAUAGUCUAAAUCCCCAACUUCCUUAGACUCCAGUCUCUUCCCCUGCCUGUGCAUGGAUACCUAGCACUAGACCCCUUGGCCAGCAUCCCUGCACCCAGAAUCAAGUAUAAAUGCCAGACAUUGCGAUUGAGAAGCCAAUCAGUGCACCCUUUGGCAAGUCCCACACACACACCUGGCACUCCCCACCAUAAGUCCCUGGCACAAGGUUCCCAGAGAGCAGGUGCUGUACAUUUUCCAGCUUUACAGUGCGGCUGUUGACAGACUUAAUUAGGGAGGCAUGAAUUAUGUGACUAUAAUACAGAGCCCUACAAUUAAGGCGGGAAUGAGGGGCUGGAGGCAGCAAACGGAAUCUGCCCUGUGAGCAUGUCUGUUGAGUCCUGCCUUGAUUCUGUGUCUGACUCCCUAAUGUGACUGGGGUACAGCAGAGGUGAUUAAUAGGGCUGGUAUCUCUGUGGCCUGAGGUUCUGUAUUCUAGGAAAGGUACAGAGUGGGGUGGGGUGGGGAGGGGCUGCCCCAGGAGGCACUGUAGGGGUGGAAGAAGAGCUGACAGAACUGCCCAGGAGCAGAGGCUGCAAAAUAGUUGAUACGAAUUCAUUGUGGUGGUUUUCUACUAGUAUGAUUUGUACGAAUCAGCUCAACCCUUGCCUCAACAAAGUAGGUGGGACCUAUUUAAAUGUCCUCCCUCCUGUAUGAACCAAGUCCCCACUUGAUACUUAUACUGUGUUCUUCUGGGAGUCAAAUAGAAUUUUAAAGAUUUCUUAGGUGAAAAACUUGCUUUCAAACAGUGCAACAAAAGAAUACCAUGUUUUGCUGCUG